AUGAUAAAAGAUGAAGAUUUAAGUUUGGAAUCUUGCAAGAAAUUAAAAGAGCUGGAAGAAAAAAUAAAUGAAAAAAAAACAAAAAAUAAUAAAGUAAAAGCAGAAGAAAAUAAUGUAAAGAAUUUUAUGAAACUAAAAGCGUUAGAGAAUUCAUUACCUCAGAAACUUAAGAAAAAAAUGAAAUCCAUGAAAAUUAACAAUUUGAACGAUCUGAAAAAAUUAACUGUUACUAAAAAAAAGUUUUAUGUAAAAAUAUUAGACCAAAAGGAUUUAAAGAAAAAAAAGAAAAACAAAAAACAAUCAUAA